UGUCUUCUAUUUUCCUUAACUCAUCUCUCUCUCCUCUGGAGCAAAAUGGGUGCACUUGACUACAUCUCCAACUUUUUCAGUUUCACAAACACAAGAAGAGCAUUGAAGUGGAAAAAAAGGAAGCCGCUGCAGACGGUGAAUAUCAAGGUAAAAAUGGACUGUGAUGGCUGUGAAAGGAGAGUGAAGCAUGCUGUUCGCUCGCUAAAAGGUGUCACAUCGGUGAACGUGAACCGAAAGGACAGCAGGGUGACGGUCAGCGGCCACGUGGAGCCAAACAAGGUCCUCAAGAAGGUGAAGAGCACGGGGAAGGUGGCGGAAUUCUGGCCUUACGUCCCAUACAACUUGGUCGUCUACCCUUAUGUUGGUGGGGCCUACGACAAGAAGGCACCAUCCGGGUUUGUGCGUAAUGUGCCUCAGGCACAGUCUAAGCCUGAUGCAACCGAGGAGAAAUACAUGUCUGUCUUCAGCGACGAGAACCCUAACGCAUGCUCCAUCAUGUAGUGAAAGAGCUCGGAGUCGUUAGUGACCUUGUUCAUUAAGGGGAUGAUGGAAAAAGAUGCUAGCUGCACUGGAAGAUUAUGAUCUUUAAUUAAGGAGCAGUAGCUCUGAUCACCAUGUCUUGAAGUGCUUUUGACUAAUCUAGUCUUUAUUAGUCUGUCUGUUAGAUGUAACAGAGUUAGCCUUUGAUGGUAUGCAAGACAUAAUAGCAUUAUUGUAUUUUCUUAAUUUGAGCUAGGUAAAUAUCUGAAGAUCACAUGAACACUAGAAAUGGAGGUUUUGGUCUCGUACUCUGUAAUUUGAAUGUUGUUUGGUCUUAUUUUGGUAUAGUAAGGAAAAUGAUGAUUUAGCUCAUAACAA